UCGCCAUGAACAGCUUCCUCCUUAUCGCUGUGUAUGGAGCGACUCUUGCUAUCGCUUUAGCAUUUACUUUUACUGAAUACGGAAACGAAAAGAACACGACAGGCUAUAAAAAGUCUCAUGAUGACUUUGAAUCGGAAUUUGAAGAUGCUUUAAGUGACUUGAAUAGGAAUGCUGAGGAUUAUGGCUUCUAUAAAAACGAACCAGAAGCUGACAUCGAUGAUGAAAAAGACGAUAACGAAGGCGAGGAAAGCGAUGUUUUGGAUUUAGAGAAGAGAGCACUGGACCCCAAAUCGCGGAAAGGGCACCCCCGCAGGUCUCUCAUCCGUCCAAAAGUAGGACAAGCCCUAUUGCGCCGCCGCCGUUCAGGAGUACGCCGUCGGCGUAGAAAUGGCUAAAGGAUGUCAAACAGUUGAUAUCCAUGAAGUCGAUUUAUGAAGACCGUCCGAGCUCGAAGACUAAAGAAAAAUUUAAUUUUAAAAUCCUUCUCUGCAGUAAUGCGUGGCCAUGACAAAGAAAUAUUAUUUAAACCCUAGCUAAGCUUAGAAAUAGUUUUGUUUUCAUUAUACUAGAACAUUUCCUUUCAAAGUAAUGUAAACGUGGGCAAUAAUCAAGAAAUGUAAUUCGCGUAUUUUUGUGCUCAGUUGAGUGAAACUUUCCUUUCUUUUUUCAAGCGUAUUGACUCCUAGUAUCGAAGUCAUUUUCCUACACGGUCUAACAAGAUGUCAUCACUUAACGGCGACAAAAUAAAAAUUGUAUAUUAACUAAAUUGAUUAAGAUCAGUUAUUUAGGGAAAACAAAGUUAGAAAAUUUCAAAGCGGGUCAUUUGGAGAAAAAAAAAACAUGUUAAUUGCUUUGUCAGGAGGGUAGGUAAAAGGAAAAAAAAAUAA